AAUAACCCAGAAAGACUGGUCAUAGUCAUUAGCUAAGCUGAAUAAGGAAAUGAAUUUACGGUGACUACACUAAUAGUUUAUAAGGAAAUGAUAUACUUUAGCCAUAAACAAAUCAUUAGAGCACAGUCUACAAUCAACUUUCAAGCAUACCACAAUAAAGCUUAGAAGAUGUCGCCUUUGACGGAUUGCCGUCGCAUAAUUUUGCUGUUUACCAUCGUCUUCUCUCCCGGUGUGUGGGGAACGGAAUUGGAAGAGAAAAGGGUAAACGUUGAUACCAGUAAAGCUCUUUAUUUUAGGGAAACCCGUGAUUUAUCAGCCCAAAAUAGGGUACAUAGGGUCGGACAAGGUACAAUUAUUGGCGUCGUAUACGAGAGAACAUCGUCAUCAUCCUCGGCAUCGUUUGGAAAUGUCGGCGGUGAGGAGAGGAGGUUGAGGAGAGAAAGUGAUGAUGCAGGUCGUCAUAGGAGCAGACGAUCAACAGAUUUCUCCUCAAUGGAUGAAGAUGCUAUCGUUGCUAAGCACAACGAGGGAAGGAGUAUGGUUUCACCCGAAGCUGCCAAUAUGAAGACUAUGGUUUGGAACAUAGCGUUAGCAUCGAUGGCACAGGAAUGGUCUGACGGCUGUUACUACGAGCACGGUAACCCAGAGAAUGACUCUGGCUUCUCUGCUGUGGGCCAGAAUCUCUACAUCAAAUGGGGCCUUUCCGCACCGGGGACCCCUCCCGAUGGGACGGCUGCUACACAAGCCUGGUACAAUGAAUAUCAGUUUUAUAACUAUGAUGAUGGGACAUGCCAGGCCGGUGAGCAGUGUGGGCACUAUACCCAGAACGUAUGGGCAUCGACAUACGCAGUUGGUUGUGGGUUGACAUUCUGUUCUACAGCAACGGAUGCCUCUGGCAAUGCCUACAAUGGUGCUUGGCUCAUAACGUGUAACUACGGACCCGCUGGUAACUAUGUAGGCGCAUCCCCUUACGUGAGUGGGCCACCGUGUACCAAAUGUGAGAGUGGCAGUGGUCUAUGCAAGGAUAAUCUAUGCAGUGACUGUUCACCCUCAGAAGCUGAAUGUGAAUGCAGGGCCACUUGUGAUAACUGCGGAACACUAAACAGUGACUGUACAUGUACAUGCGCAGAUGGCUGGCAUGGCUCCGAUUGCGCAACUUACUGUGAAGAUACACAUGAAUACUGUGGAGCUAGUCCUGGCUGGCCUCUCAGCUGGUGUGAUAGGAGUUACGUCAUGGAUGGAUGUCCUGCAUUUUGUUCUUUAUGUAAUGCUGAAGACCCAGAUUUUGUGUGUAUCGAGACGACAACAUCGACAACGAAUGUUGCUGUCACUUCGUGCUCUCUUUCUAACUGUCUGCAUGAUUCGGCUUUUGAUGAAGAAAUGUGUAGAUGCAACUGUACCGGAAGUUAUUAUGGGAACAUUUGCCAGCAUGCAGCUAGUCGAAGAAAUAAUGGAGUUCUUAUUCUCCUAUUUGAAGACUUCGAAGACUGGAAUUCCAUUCAAGGAAGCGUGAUGGGAGCUCUUCGAACAAGCGUCAUCAACUAUUGCAGUACCAGGCAAUCAACAUGCUGUCCAGCUGCAAACAAUACUAACAUUGAUUUUGCUUCUACCGGUGUCACCUUGGAUGACGAAUAUCCUAAGAUUACUUUAGAUUAUUCAUCAGCAGCUUACUGGAUACUAGUAACUGGGAUCUCUCCUGUCGCUCCCGGGCUGUGUCGUCAAAACGAUGGUGGCUUAUUAAGCGCUGAUGUCGUCCUCGCAGCUAUUAGACAAGACGAGACCAGUCUUGAAUCAAGUCUAGGCGUUAAUAUCGAGACAAUGAAGGAAAGCAGUGCUACACACCUAGUCUUUUCGCAGACUCUCAUCAUGUUAAAUAUGUUACUUGCUUACGUUCUCUGUCUAGGCUUCUAGGCCUGCACACUGGAGGCUAUAAUGUACAAAAAUACAAUCACAUUCAUUUUGUUGGAAAAAAAAUGUAUAUUUAUUUCUUAGUUGUGAAAAUAGAUCAUGACUUGUGUUGCAAUACAAUCGGAGGAAGUCGUAUAUAACUUAUUUUCUCUAGCAUUAUGUUAACAAGAAGUAUGAAUUUAGUUGUCUUUCAUCGUCUAUCUCGCAAUCUAGUCUCUAUUUUAUAUAAUUAUGAUAUCAUAUAUCAUGAUAUGAUAUUAUUGAUAACUUUCGACAGGAAAUAUGCAGGUGUGUCAGUUUUUGGAUACCAAAAAAGGGUGUGUUUUCUUUCAAAGUUCAAAGUUGUUAUUACAUUCGUGUAUUUUUUUUUACAACAUUUGUAUUUUUAUAUUAAUGUUAUAGUGAUUGAAUUAAUUGCUGGGCAAUUCUUAGUUUUUUUACAUUAUUUCUAAAUAUAAUUUUGUACUUGAUUUUUUUUAUUGCAAACUGUAAGGACCGCAUAUGACAUGUAUGAGUCGGUAAUCUGCAAGCACCAUGCGUUUAUGCCAACUCGUCCAACUCGUAUAAUUGUCGAUAAAGAUCAUUAUGAAUGAUGAUUGUCGUUGAAAAUAUUUCUUAAUAUGCAUAUCACUGAGUAGGAACGUGCCAUGAUUAAAUGUUUGUAAUGAAACUUGUUUGUAUAAUGCAAUAAUGAAGAAGGGAGCAUGUUAUAAAACAAAUAUAGUCAAUACUUUUCACUGGCUACUGAUAUAAGCUACUAUCAUUCCAUCUGAGUGGCUCAGAAUAAAAUACUAC